UACCAUCAGAAGAAGUAAAAAAUGGCGUCAACAGCAUUUCUGUUUCGACUUGAUCUCAUGGCAAUGACUGUGAUCACCAUCUCCUCUGCCACUACUACGUUUAUAAUCUUAAGCAACGCUGCUGAUCCGAAAGAUCAACUGUGCCUUGCUCCUCCAGACCACGGCCUCUUCUACCACGAUUGCAGCAACCAGACGCUGCCCUCGUCGAACCUGCAGGUUGACGUGGUGGCCUUCGCCAGGAAGAAGAUGGGCCAGGAGCUCCAAUCCAAUUCCUUCGAUUCCUGCGGCCAGCACAAGUUUUACAGCGAAGGCGGCGACGACCAAGUAGGAACGGAUUUCUACUUCUAUGCAGGGUGCUCGCACGGCCUUCGCCGCGAUCAAUGCGAGGAUUGCGUGCAGGACGCGAGCCGCGUGGUUCGUGGCUACUGCCUCGACUCGGCCUGGGCUCAGGCCGCGUCGGUGUUCUGUUGUCUUCAGUAUCAGCAGUACCAGUUUUGUUAAAAUGAUCGUCUGAAAACGUGUCUUGCAACAUGGUAUCAGAGCUGUCUUUUGUUCACCCAGAGAUCUAUAAUAAUAACCAUAUUAAUCCUUGUCUGAUCAUUUCGAUUUCGUUUGAAAGAUGGUGUGUACAGGAUGGUACAAAAUCUAUUGAUCAACAUUCUAAACCCUGCAGUACUUCUUAAUCAUCCCUUGUUUGGAUUAUGAAUAAAAGCAAAUCAGGCCAUGAAAAGGAACCAAAUUGGGAUGAUAGAGAUCAAGGAAGAAGUGCUCUACUACAUGAUGAGAAUACUAUAAGGUCAUACAGAUGGGAAACUAACAUCAAAAGGAUCCUUCAGAAUAGCAUCUAGCAACACAGAAUAUUCAUUCACUCUAGGAUCCAUGAUAAACCCACCAUUCCUUCAGCCGCCGCCUUGUUUCUCAAGCUUUCACACAGCAGUUGAAGUAACUGAAGAAGCUCCUCCUUGCCUGUUCAUAGAAAUGGUGAGAGAGUUAAAGACCACAACAAGUAAGUAGCUCAACAUUCUGUUAAAGCAAUAGUUCAUCAACUCUCUUCUGUCCUCAUGCACUUGUUCAAACAAAACGGCAAAAGUUUUCAUUUCGAUCUGUUGGGUUGGCAUGUUGUACCAAAUGCAUGCAGAGGUUAACAGUCAGUCGUGUACUACUGCUCACCACUUUCCAGACAGUGUACAGAUUCCUCCAUCAUGUUCAAGGAAAUGAAACAAAAAGAAUAAUUGAAUUGGUUCAUCCCUAUAGUUAAUAACUGUCCCAAUAUCGUAUGGCAUGUGGACCUGCUAUAGGGUUAAGGUUUCUUGACAGACAAUCAGCCUCCAAGGACACCCUUCCUUCCUUGUGAGGCCACCAACCCAGAAGAUAGAAUUCGGGCCAUAAGUAGAUCACUUAAAACCCAAUCCAUAUGCAAGGUUCAAACUUCACACUUAGAAGAACGGUCGAGAACCAUCACUAUCCUAACAACUCGAAUAUUAUCAUAAAACGAAUUUACUCUUUCUUUUUUCCCCUUCUUUCCGACGAGUAAAAUGGAUCUCUUAUCGUUCCUUCAAGAACCACUUCAAGUUGAAGUUGAAGAAUGGCAUGACUCAUGACUCAUUUUCUUAAUCCUCUAACUAUAGAAUGACAGCAGCCGACGAGGAAUUCUAUAACAAAUCACAAGUAUAUUCUAUACCAUAAUCUGUUGAUUUCAAAGUCCUGUAGGGAAAUGUCAAAUUCGAGACUUCUCUUGCACAUAUAUGAUUUUAAUAUAACAGCUCCAUUGGUAGCAGCCUAGAACAAAGCAAGGAACCCAAUAUUUUCUUCCAUGAUCCCACCUCGAAAAAUCAGUAUUCUAAACAAAGUACAUUCAUUCCCAGAGGAAUUUAAAAAUACUAAAGCUUCUCUCCUACCCAAAAGUAAUAAUAAUUCCAAAGCUCUCUCCUUUCUCAACAACUCAUGACCCCAUCAAACCCUCCCCACAUGGCACACCCCAUUUGCAAAUCCAUA